AUGUCACAACUCAAGGCUAGUAGCAAUCUACCGUAUGUGAUGUUCGGUGAUUUCAAUGAAAUUGUGAGCAACAAUGAGAAAGAAGGUGGUAUGACAAGAAGGGAGAGUCUUAUGGGUGCCUUUAGGGGUGCAAUUGACGAUUGUGAGCUUUGUGAUUUGGGAUAUUGGGGUAGCAUAUUCACUUGGAAGAGAGGAACAGAUCCUACUACUUUUGUGAGGGAAAGACUUGACCAGUUUUUAGGGGAUAAUAAUUGGUGCUCUUUGUUCCCAUACUAUGAAGUUCGUCACUUUCCUAUAUAUCAUUCGGAUCAUGCUCCUAUUUUACUCACUGCUAGUGAUCACCCUGAAGAUGGCAGAAGGUCUAAGCAAUUCAAGUUUGAAGCUUUGUGGUUGUCUAGUGAUGAGUGCGGGAAGGUGGUGGAAAAAUCGUGGAAGAACAAUGCUGCUGAACGGUCGGUCACUCCAACUCGGGGCCUUCGGCAAGGGGAUCCAAUAUCUCCUUAUCUUUUCUUAAUUGUUGCUGAUGCUUUCUCCACCUUACUAUUGAAAGCUGCAAUUGAGAAUCGUAUUCAUGAUGUACCUAUGAUUAAUUCCAUUUUCUCAGCUUCUGAUAGGAAAAGAAUUCUGCAAAUUCCUACUACAAUCCAUAAUCAACUUGAUGAACUGUUUUGGAGGUUACUAGCUGGGUCGAUUAGGUCACCUGGAUGA